AUGAUAGAGAGGUUUCUGUCUACUCACUUAGGUGUUCAGACAGCAGCCAAGAGCUAUACAGCUCGCAGACGAGCUCACCACCACCAGCUGCUCUACGUGCCCUACAGCAGCCACUACCACUACCAGCACCACGACUACACGGCGCACUGGACCGCCAGCGACUACACGCGCAUGCACUCAUACUACCAGCAGCAGAGCCGCGGCGGCGCGAGCACGCCGCAGCCGUCGCCGGCGCAGCCUCAGCGCGCUCAGUACACACAUGCUUUGCAACUACAGACGUUGAUCCCGGCCCCGGCGCGGUACCGGCCGGUGCCGGCCCCGCAGCCCGGAGGCGGGAAGCAGAUGAUAUGCUACUCUGAAAAGGUGGCAGCACCGCUGUACCAGCAGGCGCCCGGGUCUCCGUCGCGCGCGGCGCGCGGCGCCCCCGAGGGCGCGCCGGCCGGCCCCGCCGCCGCCGCCGCCACCUCGCCCAUGGCGCCGCCCGCCAACCCGGUCUACUACGCGAUGAACGUCUGA